AUGCCAUCGUUACAGAAAUUUCAUGCUAACGUAGCACGUCAUGUUAAGCUGAUGGACAAAAAUUUAUGUGCCAAUUUAAUCCGUCAUGAAUACAUUGUUACCGGGAGAACAAAGGCUAAGAGAUCACAAAGUAAGAUUGAACGUUUCUUGAGUAGAGCUGUUCAUGAAAAUAAGCAUAUGUCAGAGAAGGAUGAAGAAUUCAAACUUAAGAAUAAUAAAGCAUUUUCUUUCUUACAACCCCCAGAUAGACAAGAAGUCGGCUCAAAAGUGCUCAAUGAGUUGGUGGGUAGAUACCCAAAAAGAACCCAUGGGUUCACCCGUAUUAUAAAAUUGGAACCAAGAUUAGGGGAAGAUAAAGCUCCCAUGUCCGUUUUGGAAUUAGUGGAUUCUGACUACGAAAUAAAAUUCUGGUUCACAGCGAAGAUUGUUGCGAGAUUAGAAUUGCAAGGAUUAGAGUUAGACGAUUUGACUAAACAUACCGUGUCUAAAUUGACAAAGUUCCGUGUCAACGGUAAGGAUAAGUUUCGUGAAGCUGUUGAGACUGCUAAAGUUGAAUUUUUCAAGUAUGAUCCGGAAUCUGGCGAAGUUACUGAUGCUGACAUGAAAGAAAACUUAAAGAACUUGCCAAGAAACUUAGAAUAUAAUGGAGGUUCUAUGUCUGGUAAAUUAUUAAUGUCCAAGAAAUUUAAUACCAUUCCUAGACCAGAGGCUAAAAAAGUUGAUCUUCCAAAAUCUCCAUUCUUGUCAUCAUAA